AAUAUGGAUUCUUUGAGUGAUACAUGCCUCGCGCCCAAGGGCGCAGCGAUUUCCACGGAAUAUCUCGUCGGGGAGUACUCGCGCACGAUCGCUCGUCGCGACGCCCGAACGUUUUUCGGGGGUAUAGCGGUCCGUCGUUAUAUAGCUGGUACCCGGCGUGAUGUCCGAGGACUAUCAGCACGCCUGCCAAAGGGCGGAAUUGCUGGGCUUGCCGAGGCCCAGCGAGGAGGAGUGGAGGCAGUCGCAGGCGGCGCAGAUCGAGAAUCGCCGUUGCGACGAUGACGACGACGAUGCUGUCGAUGCUGUAGUAGAGGACUUGGAUCACGCGGACGAGACGGCGGGACGCAUCACCGGCGGUCUGGAUGAGCUGACCACCAUUCUGAGCCACACGCAGAAGAAGCUCAACAGAUUCAAGACGGUUUGCGGCAGAAUGGGAACGUUACUCAAGGUGAAGGUGACUUCUCGCGGCGGAACGCCGCGUCACAAGCCCGAGGAGCCGAAUCCCGACGCGGAGAAGCUGAAAAGCCAGGAGAAGCCAGAAUCCGAUGAGGUGAUGACGGUGGAAUCGUCGGAUGACGCUGUCGUGAAUCCCGCGAACAGCGAUGAUCAGGAACAGAUCGACAUCAACAAGAAAAGGGCAUCUAACUUGGCCAAGGUGGAGGCCUUGAUCGUGAAGGCCGAGAACGCUCAACACACUAUGCAGAACAGCGGUGUCCACCCGAAGCAGAUCGAUCUCAGCAAGAAAAUGGGAUCCCACCUGGAUAAGCUGGACUCCAUGAUCACGAAGGCCGAGAACGCUCAAUACAGUAUGCAGCAUCAAACGAAGCAAAUGAAAAAGUUCUUGAAGAAAUAAUCGCAAUAAAUGAAACGAAUCGCUAAUUAACGAAUUAACCGGCUGGACGAUAUAAACUCGCGUGAGGUUAAUCAUCAACUAAAUUAAUCGCAUCUUCCAUUUUGAAUGAAAAUUCGUAUGAGAGAAUAUUUUGCAGAUAUGUCACGCGCGUAAAUUAAUCCCCCAAGGUGUUUCUUGGCUUUGACCGAUAAAUUCUACAUUCUUGUAGAUGCGUAGUUGUGUAAGAAAACACGAUAAGCAAUUUCACAAGCAGCCAGCGCGUAUAUAGGAAGUCGUAUAAACUUAAAUUGUUACAUUGCACAUACGAAGUUUAAUUGUUGCAUCGAAUAUUGUGGUACCUUUCUCGCGAUAUAUUUAUCGAAAUCGCGAGAGGAAAAUGUGAAUGUGAAUAAUUGUUAUUGAUUCUUUUAUAUGUCGCGCGACGUUCUCUUUGUCGCUAAAAGCCCAAUAUUGUUACGAUAAUACAUGUAUUGUCAAAUGUAUGUACCUAUAUAUAUAUAUAUUUAUAUAUAGCGCAACUAUAUAUUAUUUAAUUUUAAAUGGCACUCUUUAAAAUAUCUAAUAUAAUUUUAUGUAUAUACAUAUAUGCAUAUAUACGAAUAUUGUUGACGAAUAUAGUAUUGUUACAUAGACACGAGUAUAUUUCCGGUAAUUGAGGCUUUAUGCUUGAAUCCUUGACAAUAUCGUCAUAUCAGGUGUAAAAGAUAUGGAAAGGCAUGUUGGCAAAUCGCGGGAUGUUUUUCUAAAUCUAAGUUGUGUAACUGCUGCGUACUAAUAUAACAAACGACGGGUAUAUGGUUUGCCUUAAUCUUCCUAGCUAUACUUAAGUUCGGCGACGUUAGAGUUCUCCUUUUUAUGAAAGUAUUUUCGCAAUAGACAUUAAUAAAAAUUUAACAUUUAUUUUAUAUUUUUAAAAGUAGGCAACAGAGCUCCAUGACGGUACAAUUAUUGAAUUUAUUAUAAAAAGAAGUAAAUUGUCUACGAUGUAUUACUCUCAAAUAAUAUUAAUCACGAACAA